AUGGGACGCCUACCCAUUCGUGAAUCUUGGCUCGGCGCUCUCCGCCCCACGGCACUGUACUACAGCAUUCUCCCUUCCACAGACACACUCUUCCACCUCCCCCUCCCUCCGCCUCCAUCCACCACACCCCCCUCACUCUCCCCCCCCCUCCCUUUCUCCCCACGACCCUUUCUCCCCGCCCCAGAGCUUCCCCUUUCAGGCGCAGCACAGCCGUCUCCGCCCGUUUAUCGUUUCCGCCUCUCCCUCGUUUUCCCUUCACCGCGGUUUGCUCACUGUCGCGGGGAGGCAGACAAGCUCGUCGGAGGUAAAGCGCUGGCGCGUGACUUCAACCCAGCCCCUCCUUUCCCUUCACGUCUAGGGUGGUCCAAGGACAGGGGUCGACUGAAAGGGGCGGCAACCAGAACUGCCGACGACGAGGGGCGCGACGCACGGCGCGAGGGACGGCGAGGGGCGAAUGGGAAGCGAGACGAGGUCGGCAGUAGUAGGAAGGAAGAGGCGCUGGUGUUGGUGCUCGGUGUGGCUGUCGACGGUCGCUUCGUCGCCACCCACGUGGGCGACGACCGUUACCUCCCCGUCGCGCACGACGCGCUCCUUCACGCGCCACCGCACGCCAACCCGUACUCCAUAGCACAUGGCAACACCAUGGUGCUACUCUUGCACCAGCACGUGCAGCACUCGCACCACUCCCACCACCACCACCAGCAACGCCGCGGCCCCCCGGGCUGCAUGCGCCUCUGCGCGUCCGGCCUCAGCACCCGCCACCAGCGACAACUGUCUCUCGACGCCCGCUCCCCGUCUCCUCCGCUCCACAAGCCGUCUCCCCCGCACGCCACCGCGCGCUCUCUUCCUCGCUCUGUGAGCCCGCACAGGGAGGAGUCGCCGCUCAUGCAUGCUGCGCGCACUGCCGACCCCCCAUCAGAAUCAUCCUCCCCAGUCUCCUCAUCACCAUUAUCAGCAGCAGCAGCAGCAGCAUCCGCGGAAGGAGCAGCGGGAGCAGCCGCAACAGCAGCAGGAGCAGCGUGGUCGCGAGUGACAGCAGUGCUGGUGGCUCGGACGUUCCCUGGAGUGCUGGACCGUGGCAAGGGCUAUGCGCUGCUCUCCUCCCUGCUCGACGCCCACGCCCGCCCCCUGCACCACCACCACCACCACCUGCUGCUGCAGCAAUCCGCACGUGGGGGAACAGUGGACGGAGGGGGAGAAGCAGGGGAAGCAGCACACGGAACAGAAUCAGCAGCAGCAGCAGCAGCAGCAGCAGCAGCUACUACGGGUACUAGCAAGGACUCGAAAGCCGACGCUCCGUUACAAGCAGAGCUUCACCUGAGAGCGCUUGCAGCGCCCCUGCGCGCGCCUGCAGCAGAGGAGGAGCCGCUGCUGCUGUACGCGGACGCGCCCAGGGCGUACCUGGUGCAGCCUGCCGGGCCGGAUGCGCAGGCAGAACAGGAGAUGCGCGAGAUGAAGGAGCAGUCGUUGCGACAGCUGGAAGAUGAGCUGGAUAUGAUCAAUGAGCUUAUUUGUCAGGAGGAGGCGGAGGAGAAAGAGGCGCAGGAGAAGCAGGCGCAGGAGCGGGGGGGAACCGUGGUCUGUGGAGAUGAUGGUGUGUCUCCUCCAGGCGCGUCAGCAGCAGCAGCUGCUGCAGCAGCGGCCUCUGCUUCGUCGGCAGCAGCGGGGGCAGCGGCGGCAGCGGCGGCGGCGGCGGCUGCUGAAGGGGGAGCAAUGGCAAGGAAGGCAGAAGCAGGCACAUGGGCUGGGCUGAAACGAACAGUGCCAAGUUUCAGGGGGGGAUUGGGAGCGAAGGAGCCAAGGAUAGCAGCAGGAGCAGGGAGAGGGGGGGGAGCAGGGAGCUGGUCAGCGGAGGAGCGGCGGGCGCGCAGUGCAGAGAUACAAGCGCUGAUGCCCUCCUCUGCGCCCCUCUCCCACGCCCACACCUCCCGCCAGGCCUGGGUUGCUGCCGAAUCGCUUGCUGCUGCGGCGGCUGCGGCGGCAGCUGCUGCCGCUGCUGCUGCUGACCCUGCAGCUGCUGCGAAUGCUGGCAGCUUGAUAAUAGGCCCUCGGUGUCGUUCCUUCAAUCAGCCUCAACGUGGGGAGUACGUGAAUAAGCUGCCUGUUCAGAUGGAGGGUGGACAAGGCGUGCUUGGACUGCAGGAGGGGCAGUGGAGCACAGGCGAGGCAGCAGCGGAAGGGAGGAAGGGCUGGUCCGAGAGUUACUGCCCCGCACAGAACCACUCUCAACCGCACCACUACCACCAGCUGCAGAAGCAGCAGCAACAUCAAGGGCAUCACGUCGACCCUGUUCUCUGCUCACACCCGUUGCAGGCGCUGCUGCCCGAGAAGCAGGAGGGAGGCGAGGGAGCAGCAGGUGGGAGCGACGGAAGAAAAUCACUGGAAUGCCUACCAGAGGUAGAUGCAGGCUCAGCCGCUUGGGACACCUCUGAAGUCCAUCAGAACCGCUCUCUCAGCUGCAAGUCCAGCUCCGAUGUUUUCCCCAAGCGGCUGGGAAGCGAGUGGGGGAAGGUGUUGAGAAAAGGAUGGUCUGUGGAGCUUCUUCCUGGUUCGCUUGCCACCCUCACUGCUGCUGCUGCCCUUGGGAGCAGUGAAAGCGCCGAUUUCGUGGGUGCUGCUAAUACACCUGGGGGCACUGCAGCUGCUGCUGGCGCUGCUGUUGGGAGUGAUGGCAUGGAGAACCAAGACCCGAAGCUGCUCUCACGGCCGUCGCACCCCCACUACCAGCACCUGCUCCCCGCCACUGCCACCUCCCCCAGCUGGUCCCACCACCUAGGCCGCUCCCUCAAGCUCAACCCCGACCUCUCCCGCGUCUCUCCCGCUGAAACCUUCCUUUCUGCCGACGCCUGUCACGCCUCCUUCUCCUUCUCCUCCUACCUCCCCUCCUCGUCCACCCCUGGGGUUGCUGCGGCCGCCCCCCGGGAAUCGGAGGGCACGCGCCCUGCUGCUGGGUGGUCGGUUGUUGGCACAGGGACAGAGGGCCUGGCGGCUGCUGCAGCGGCGGCGGCAGCGAGGCGAGGAGUGGAAGAGGGAGAGGGGAGGGAGCAGAACUCUGGAGAGGUGCGGAGGCAGUUUGUGGAUCUAAUCUCCCGUUGGACUGAGGGGCCGCUGGCUGCUGCUGCUGCCCUGGGAGGCAGGAUGCGGGGGGGCGAGGGCAGCUGGGGUAGAGCUGGGAGGGAGGAGGAAGGAGAUGUGAGCGGGGAUGGGGGGGAUGCGAGGGCGAGGAGAGGGAACUCGGGGUUGAUGUUUGGGCUGUCGGCUCUGGAGAUGCUGUCAGGGAGUGGGGGGUCGAGGAGGAUGCGAGGAGAGGAGGGCGGCGGAGGAAGGGGUGUGAGUGAGGCGCCUCAGAGGAAGAAGCGGGGCGUGUGUGAGAUCACAGAGGAGGUGAGCGGAGGCAGUAGUGUGGAAGCUGCAGGGGAUGCAGAAUCAGAGGCUGCAGCGGCGGCGGCAGCAUGCUCGGUGCUGGCAGCUGCGAUGAGGGGAGUGCAACCAGACCCGCACAUCAUACCGCCCCAUACACCCUGCACUGCCCAGCAGCAACAGCAGCAGCAGCAGCAACAGCAGCAGCAUGCGAGCAUGCCCCAGCAGCAGCAGCAGCAGCAGCAGCAGGAGGCGGAGAGGGUGAUGGUGGCAGAGAUCCAUUCAUUGCUGACCGGACUGCAGCAGCACAAGGGGAGCAAGGCGCUGCUCACACCGCACCCCCCUGGAACCACACUGGGGGCCGCAGAGGCAGCUGCAGGGGAGGGCAGGGGGAGGGAGACGGGUGAUGGGGCGAAGGAUGCAGCAGUGUACAUAGACGUGGGGGAGGAGACCUUGGGGCAAGCACGUGUGGCAUCUGAUGCUGGCAACAAGAACUCCGUGGCUGCAGGAGCCCAUGCGUCGGACUCUUCUCGCAGGCAAACGUUCUACAAGUGUGCCAUCGUGGCCCUGCUUAUAGGCAUCAUCGUCUGCGCGUGCUUCUUCAUCGGAUGGAUUGUGCAUUGCCGUGGGAUCACCUGCAAUUAG